UUAUAAAUGUAAGACUGAACGUAAAUUUUGGAUAAAAAAUUUAUUUACAUGACAUCGUAUAAAAAUGGGUACCGUAGUUCAACCGCUGCCAAUGACCGAAUUUAAAAAACCGAUUGAAGAAAUAAUAACUGCCGAGCAAGCGGCAUGUAUCGAUUGGCCACCCGGUGGAACUAAUCGCCCUUGUCAAUGUCGACGAUUUUUACAGGGGCAAAAUAUUUUGGUAUGCCCAUCAUUGAAAAAGUACUGUCCUCCAGCGCGACCAAAACAAUUUCGACCAACUAAUGAGCUAAGCCUGUCAAAGGAACCGUUCGACCAUACGACAAUAUAUCGUGGAUCGUAUAUUCCAUCAGUUGGAUUGCGGGCAGCAAGACGUAUAUUGAAGGGUGAACUGUGUUUAAGUGGAGCACCAUUUGAUGGACGAACAAUAAAUCGUAUGUCGUACCCUGGUUGGCAUGAUGUAAAACGCGCAGAGCCAAUUCGACCAUGUCGCGCGCCUUUAUGGUCAGGUCCCCAGCAUACGAUCACUACUCAUAAACAUGAUUAUGUACCAAAACCAAUAUGUAAACGAGUUCCUCUGGUCCCAAAUGCUGGGAAUUUAUGUGUUGGAGAUGGCCCAUUCGAGAAAUUUACAACAUCACGAGCCUCAUAUCAACCAUUUCCGUUUCAAAAAUCAAUUCGUAUAUUACAUCCAAAUAAUUUCUGCACACCAAAAUGUCCAAUGGAGAAAGUGACCACACAUAAAUUAAGUUAUCAACCAAAUCCGGUGGGUAUGCGAGCACGAAGACCACCCGUCGAAUAUAAACCUCCGAUGGAGAAAGUUGAUACAAAUACGAUAUAUCGUAUGAGCUAUGUACCACCGGGAGUGGUCUGCGAAAAUGAAUGUGCUCACUGGAUCUGUGACGAGGGUAAAGGUUGUUACUGUGACUAUCCAGGACAAUGUUUUGGUUUACCCGAUCCCAGGAAAGUUUUGUAUCCAAAAGCACAAUGUUAAUUACACACACAAAAAAAACUCAAGUGAUUUUCAAUAGGUUUCAAAGAACAUUUUUUUUUUAAUUUUGAAAUGAAAAAUGACAGGUAGAGUAAUUUUCUUUUUUAUUACG